UACCUUUAGCGCCUCCCUACGUUUAAUAGCUAGUUCUCGGUCUAUCUAGAGCUUGACUGUUUACCACCUUGCUAACGGAUUUCGUGAACCAAUUUGAAAACUAGCCCCCUACAAGCACGACACGACUAUGUCGAGUUUGGAUGUUCCAUCAAACGGCCCUGGGCCGCAAUUGCAACGCCAAGCUACAAAUGUCUCGAGAAGAUUUGAUGGUGGUUUAAGCCAUUUCGCAGAAUUAGUCCAGAGUAUCAGUAACCAAGAUGCAGAAGCUCGAUACAAAGAAGAGGAAGCGGACAACCGAAUACCAACCGACGACGAUGUACCGGGGUCAAACGAAUCUCAAGAAAAUGAUGGGAAAACUAUCAUAUCGUGGGAACCCAACGACAAAGAGAAUCCAUAUAAUUGGCCCCAGUGGCGGAAAACUCUGAUCGUUAUAACUUCGAUGAUGACGGUUGCGAAUAGUACCAUGGGGAGUUCUUUACCAAGUAUGGCUAUCCCUUACAUGAUGGCAGAAUGGGGGGUUACUGCUCAGAUACAGUCUGUUCUACCAAUUUCGACUUACUUAAUGGGUUAUGUUUUUGGGCCAAUGAUUUGGGGUCCAAUGAGCGAGUAUGUCGGACGUCGAAACCUAUCCACGGCAAGUUUCCUAAUGUUCAUAAUUUGGACUAUGGCUUGUGCCCUUGCUCCGAAUUGGCCAGCAAUGCUUGUGUUCCGGUUUUUCUGUGGAGUGUGUGCUUCGGCGCCGAUUGCGGUUGUUACGGGAAUACUUGCGGAUAUCUUCAAUGACCCAAUCACACGCGGCCGAGCGAUGGCUUGGUUUAUGGCCACCACUGUCUUUGGCCCGCUAUUAGCUCCGAUUAUCUCCGGCUUCUGUUCGACAAGUAUCGGAUGGCGAUGGACCUUCUGGGUCGGCUUGAUGUUUGCCGGAGCGACACUGGUGUUAGCCCUAUUCCUCCCAGAAACUUACGCCCCCGUUCUCCUUACGAAACGCGCCGUAAAGAUUCGAAAGGCGGACCCUAAGGCUCAGGUUUACUCCGCCUGGGAGCUUGAGGCAAAUGAUUUCAAACAGUUGUUCACGAGAGUGCUAACUCGACCUAUACGCAUGAUAUUGACCGAACUUAUUGUGACCGCAACGUGCCUCUAUCUUUCACUGGUAUACGCCAUCUUCUACAUGUCCUUCCAGGCUUUUCCAAUCAUAUUUUCGAAUGUGUAUGGCUUAUCCCCGGGAAUUACCGGUUUGUGCUACCUACCGGUCGGGGCUGGUGCGGUACUCGCCGUGCCUAUCUUCUUCGCAUAUGAUCGCGUGCUCCUUAACGCUAAGGCCCGUGGAUCCGCCUGGGCGCAAAAAGAAGAAUUCCGUCGGGUCCCAUUGGCUACUCUUGGUGGUCCUUUGUUCGUGAUAUCUUUGUUCUGGCUCGGUUGGUCGUCCCGCCCAGGUGUGCCAUUUGUCGUGCCUAUGUUGGCUGGCAUCCCCUUUGGUGGAGGCUUUAUGUUGAUCUUUAUGGCACUGCUUAAUUAUAUCACAGAUGCAUACGAGAUAUUCGCCGCGAGCGCCAAUGCAGCCGCUAGUUCUUGCCGUUCCGUCUUCGCAGUCGUCCUCCCGCUUGCGACGAAGCCUAUGUUUGCGCGCCUUGGAAUCGACGGCGCUUGCAGUUUGCUCGGUGGAUUGAGCUUACUCAUGUGCGUUAUCCCCUUCAUUUUCAUCUGGAAAGGCGAAGAGAUUCGAGCGAGAUCUAAGUUUUGCAUCGCUCUCAAGGAGCGAAAAGCUGAGAUGGAACGGAGGGCCGCGGAGCAGCAGAGGAGAAGAGCUAGAGAUGCUGCUGCCAACGGGGCUUUGGAGAAAGAGACUGAAGUAUGAGCGUAGGUAUUUUACAUUGCACUAUGUAUUAGAAGAUAGAUGGUCCUCUUGGACUGGUGUGAUUGCAUGGGUAUUGACGACGAAGGAAUGAAUGCU